AGCAUUCAUCAUCAAAGCAAACCCCCCGCGAUCCUUACUGCUGUGUUGACAAGGAUCAGUCAACUCCUCCCUUCGUCAUUGCGCCCAGGAUAAUCCCUCCCCUUCCCCAAAAAGAAGACUCGACGUCGCAGUGCAUCUUCCAAGUCGUCACCCAAUCUUUGCCCCCCUUGGCCCUUUUAUUAUCAUCAUUUGUCCCCCCCCCUUUCCCAAGAAGGAGCCGCGGCAUUGGUGACGUUAUCGCUGUCCUACCAUAUCUAAUAGUGAGUGAUUCUCAUUCUCUUCUCGCCUCCUCUCCCGCGUCACCUUUCCUUCCUACCUACCUACCUAUUCUACGGGCACGAUUCACCGUAUGUCAUGCAACACCGUCUAUAGUCGACACAACCGUCCGUAUCCUGCAUGGAACUGUAUGGAGACGGUGCAUGGGUGGAUGCAUAUAGCCUUCGUCCUAAAUCUGACUGAGCCAGCCCACCACGCUUUCGCAGCCUUAGUAUUGUUCCCUCGCUUCUCCUGCGUCUUACAAAGCCAGACUCGCCCCUCUUUUCCUUGGGCGGCGCUGGAGCCUGCAGGCGUAUGCAGUACAGGUACGGAUACUAGUAGGUACGAGUUAGAACUGGGACAUCUUCCACUCAGCCAGAGUCCACAGCGGCGGACUCGGACGUUACGUUUCGACAGCGAUCCGACGAAGAGUCCACCCAACUCCAGCCCGACCUGACGACCCGAACCUGACCAGACACACCAAGCCCCCAGUCCAUUUCAGCCCAGUCCCGUUAACGGGGGGGUCUUCAACUCCAGACCAAGCUAAUAGACGCAAGGGAAACGGGAACCGAAUUAAACUGAGGGGAGACUGGACCCCGCCAUCUCACAGCUCGUACCGACCACACACACACACACACACAAACCCACCAUCGCAUUCCGCCUCGGUGGGCAUCCCAACGAGUACGACUGCCCCUCCCUCCUCUUUCUCCUACUCUCACCUCACCCUGCCAUACCCUCCACCAACACUACCACCAACACCACCACACUUGUCCUCCUCCUCCUCUUCCUCCUCCGCCACCAAUACCAUUCUCACUUCUCCCUCGAAGAAUAGGGCAAAGAAACCAGGGCCCCAUCCACUCGAUACCUCAUCUUGCCCAAAAAAACAAAAACAAAAAAAAACCACCAGCCAACAAAGUGAGACACUGCAUCACCCUCUGACGAGCGAUCCUGGACACCGAAAGCCAAAGGACGCCAAAGCACCAAGUCAAAGCGACUAGGGGGAAAAGACGAAGCACAGGAGAAGAAAAAAAUUCCUUAGGGCGGAAAUUCUCACGUGGUCGAGUUGUGCUUCUUCCCGCUACCUCCGUCCCACUCCAUCUCUGGUCUAAUCCAAGGUGGUCAGCGCCCAACCCAAUUCCCGGCUGCUACCCUCGUCAUACUUUCCCCUCGCCGUGCUCUCCGAGGCUCUUGGUAGCCUUUCUGCACAAUACUCCUGACGGAGAAAACCGCAAAAACGAGAGCGACGACCAAGACGACUCGACGCCGACUCGGCCGCAGGACGUCACGAUGGAUCACCGCUAUUCCUCCUCGCGAUACGCACCCGUCCGCCCGCGGUCGCCCACCUUCAACCCCGCAAGGGCUUCACUUCCCACGAGCGUCGGCUACAGCUCCAUGUACGGAGGCGACAUUCAUGUCAUGCCCACGUCGUCGACCAGAUACGCCUCGUCCGGCUCGCGAGGCCACCAUCAUUCGGGCGCCCCAGCGACCACCACGACGACCUACGCCGUUACCAAGGACCCUCUGGCUCGCGGCACGGGCUUGAGGGACGCGAGCCGCAACCGCAGCCACCGCUCUUCGACCCUCGACUCUACCGCCGCUCGCCCAGUUAUCGUCACGACGACCCAGGCCCGGCCACAAGCGAGCUCGUCAUCGCACCACUCUUCGAGCAACAGACACUCCAGCCCGAUUCGCGACGAAUACCGCUCCAGCGACGCGACUUUCUACACGCAGCCCGCCUCUUCUAUACGCUCCCGCAGCCACCACCGAGGGGGCUCCUACAGCGCAACAAUGGACAAUGAAGAGUUUACGCGGCUGCGCGAGCGAACCCUCGACCCUACGCUGGCCAGGCACGACACAUACCGCCCCUCGAGGUCGUCCGCCAUCUACGCCAACAGCACGCGGCAUGCCAACGCUCCCAUCGACAUCGGCGGCGACGGCUACGAAUACACUACACCAAGCGACCUUGCACGCUACGACUUGGACCACACACGGCCCCCCUCCAGAUCUCGCCGGAGGGAGAGUGUCGACCGGGGCUACUACCGCCCAAGUGUCAACCUGACCACCACCGAGAGUGCCAGCCGCCCUUUCAACGAUGCCGGCAGAUACGAGAAGCGCGGGGGCGGCCCUCCGCCCACCACCCGGGGCUUGGACAAGAUCAAUCGUUCAGCUACCAACGUCUAUGAUCCAUCGCAACCCUCCAUUCCGCCCCCGGCUCCUUCAGCGCCGGUCCAUCUGCCGGUGCCUCCGAGUCCGAAAGAUAGACGCUCCACUGGCGCCCCAUCCUCCAUGGAAGUGGCUGCGACGUCAGUGGCCGCCGCCGCCGCCGCGGGAACUGUCGCGGGCGCCACCCCCUCUCGCCGCCCUGUGUCGGUGUAUCAAGAAGGGCCCCCGCGGUCCAGUCAUCACGAAGACUACUACCGGAGCCGCGAUGACGACCGCGCGCAGCGGCAAGCCAGGGACGUGGAACGCAAGUACGAUCCUGUUUACGGCAGCGGCGAUUACUUCCACGACGACGGAGUGACCUCACGUGGUUUCGGUAUUCGUACAGACUCGGCCCCAGUCGGCGGCGACUUUGACGACCGGCGUGAGCCUCGCAGGGAAGUGCGGUCGGAGUCCCGGAACGGAUAUCGCUCCGAUUCUCGCACCGGAUACCAACCUGAGUCGCGCGGCGGUCACCGGCCGGAAUCCCGCAGUGGACACCGGACCUCCCCUUCGGACGCCAAGAAGGGUUCGGAUGACGAGUCCAAGCGCCGGGAGGAUAAGGAUCGCUCGAAGCGAGACUCUGUCCGCCUCGAUAUCGACAAGGACCGACACACGCGUCGCACCAGCACGGCUACUGAAGACGAAGCUGAGCGGAAGCGAUUGCGCGACAAACUCAGCGCGGGGCUUGGCCUCGCAGCCACUGCGAUCGGCCUCGGUUCGGUGUCAAAGGACAAGGACAAGGAUGAACCUCCCGAGAAGCUCGAGAGGGAGUCCCGCCGCCGCAACGACGAGGAAGAUGCCGGGGCUCGUGCUGCUGACAGAUACAAACCCCGGGACGAGUCUCGUGACCCACGCGACCGUGCCCCCGUCAUUGUCGAGACACGCAGAGUGCCCGCCGAGCAAGACGCAGAGGUUCAUGACCGCGAGAGAGAGCGCGACCGGGAGCGGAGCCGCCGGGACGCCGAGGCUAGGCUCGCCGGCGACAGCCUUCCGACAUCGCAACGCGAGGGCUCUCCGGACGACGACGAACAGAAGUCUAGGCGGCCCAAGCGUCAAACGAUUGGCUUCAACCCCACCGACGCAAAUGAUAUCCGGGAGUUGCAGGAGCAGUUGGCGGCCAUGAAGGACGACAAGCCCAAGGAGAAGGUGCCCGUUCCCGUGGAAAGGUCAAGUCGCGCCGAACGCUCGGAACGUCCCGAAAGAUAUGAGCGGUCUGAGCGGCUGGACAGACCGGAGCGGCUGGAUAGAUCCGAACGACCGGAUAGACCCGAAUGGCUGGAUAGAGAAGAACGGUCGGACAAACAAACCUACGCCGAUCUCCCAGUCCGAGAAAGCAAGGAACGCACGCCUUCGCCCAAGAAAGAAUCGCCGCCUCCAAAGAGAGAAUCGCCCGUCUCGAUCCCUACGGGCGAUUCAGGCACCACGGCCUCGACCAGAGACGAGUACCGUGGCCGUGACAUGACGCCGCCUCGUUCGGACGAGAAGCAGGUCCGCGUUGUGUCGCCCCCUCGCGACAAGUCGGACGCCAAGCCUCUCAAGGGUAUUCUCAAGGCGCCCAGCAGGUUCCCCGAAGAAGACAACCCGAUCCGUGAGGGCGUUGCACCUCACAAGGAUGACAAGAAGCUGAAAGAGGUCCCCCCCGGUGCCCGGUGGACCAAGAUCAGUCGCAAGAUCGUCAACCCCGAGGCUUUGACCGUGGGAAAGGAGCGUUUCGAGGUCCGUGACGACUUUGUCAUCGUCCUCCGCGUCCUCAGCAAGGAGGAGAUCCAGGCCUACGCCGCCGCAACACAGGUCUUGAGAGAGCGGAGACGUGAAGAAGCCGGCAAGGACCGCGACCGGGAUCAUGAGCGGGGCCGUGAUCGGGAUGGCGAGGACGACGACAGGCGGAAACACCGGCACCACAGGAGAGAAGACGGCGAUGACGAUCGGCACGACGAAGAUCGCGAAAGGGAGCGCCACCGCAGGCACCGUCGAGAUGAAGAAACCUACGACGACGAGCCAAGGCGACGGGAUGACCACCACCACCGUCACCACCGGGAGCGUGAGCGCGAACCCCUUGCCAUCGAGGGCUGAGAGCGACGAAGGUUCAUGGAGUACGAGGCGGGGGUUUAUGUUUGUUAAGAAGUCAGGCUUGGCCAUGUCAGCAUUUUGUAAGGAGCCUAUGAAGCGAGAAGAGUAUUUUUUCCAUCACCUUUUUUUUU